ACUUAAAGGUGGUAUAAUAGUAUGUUUUUAGACGGAUUCCCUGUAAUAAAUAAUAAUAUCGUUUAUUGCAAUUCCCUUUCACGCUUUACAACAAGCAUUGUCAUCACUGUUCUCUUUCUACGAUCAUUGACACAUCGUACGCAUGCAUUGUACUUCAACAACCCUCAAUCAUCAUCAUCAUCAUCAUCAUCAUCAAUUCUCUUCUUCCUCGUUAUAUACGUAGUUCCAUAGCAGCCGCCAUAGAUUGAUUGCUUGGUUGCGGUGUAAGCAUAUUGGUCAGUGCGGAUCAGUGUUCUUUGUGCGUUGAAGGAGUAGCAGCAGUGGCUUGCUAUUUGUCGACGAAUUAAAUUGUUACGACGCGUUCAUUACAGCCAGCGCCAUGUUGUUUGUUUCGUGUGCCCUGUUGCUGCUGGGGUUAUGGGACACUACUUUGAUCGAAGCGAAGCGAUCGUUCAUCAAUCCAUACCCAAGAUUCCAGGCUGUGCCACUCGCACCGAACGACGAUGUAGGAGAACCGCUCUUCUUAACGCCGUUCAUUGCGAACAAAUCGAUCGAAGCAGGCCGGAACGCGGCUCGUGUCAAUCAUUCCGCCAUUCCAGCAGACAUCGAAAGCUACUCGGGAUAUUUCACGGUGGAUGAAACAACCAACUCGAAUCUCUUCUUCUGGUACUUUGCGGCCAAGCUAAGCCACGAAUCACCGGUGGUUCUGUGGCUUCAGGGCGGUCCUGGUGCAUCGUCCCUUUAUGGAUUGUUCACAGAAAAUGGACCAUUCGCUGUGCGCAACGACUUGAAGCUGGCACCGCGCAAAUACAGCUGGCACCUGAACCACCAUCUCAUCUACAUCGAUAACCCUGUCGGAACGGGGUUCAGCUUUACCGAUAAGGAAGAAGGCUACUCGACGAACGAGACACACGUCGGUGCAAAUCUGUACAACGCCCUGCAGCAGUUUUUCACCCUGUUUCCCGACUUGCAAGAACAGCCCUUCUUUGUGACCGGUGAGUCUUACGGCGGAAAGUACGUCCCGGCCGUGGCGCACACAAUCCACCGGAACAAUGGCGCUGCAAAGGUAAAGCUUAACCUGCAGGGAAUCGCAAUCGGAAAUGGAUUGUGCGAUCCGUACCAUCAGCUCGUCUACGGGGACUACCUUUACCAGCUGGGGUUGAUUGAUGGCACUACGCGUGAUCAAUUCCACCAGUACGAAGCAAAGGGCCGUGAUUGCAUCACAAAGAAGGACUUCAAGUGCGCCUUUGACGUUUUCGAUGAGUUGAUCAAUGGGGAUCAGUAUCCGAGCGGAUCACUGUUCAAAAAUGCGUCCGGCUUCACCACGUACUUCAACUACCUGCAAACGGUACCAGACCCUGCGGAUGAGUAUAUGGGAAAGUUUUUGCAACUGCCGGAAACACGUCGCGCCAUACAUGUGGGUAACAACUCGUUCCACGACCUGGACGGUGAGAACAAGGUCGAGGAUCAUCUGAUGCUCGAUGUAAUGCAGUCGGUUGUGCCGUACCUGAACGAGCUGCUGCACGCGUACCGUGUGGUCAUUUACAAUGGUCAGCUCGACAUUAUUGUGGCGUACCCGCUGACGAUGAACUACGUGACUAAGCUUAGCUUUCCCGGAUCAGAUGAUUACAAGAAGGCGCCACGACACAUCUGGCGUGUGGAUGGUGAGAUUGCCGGGUACGCGAAGGAAGCGGGCAAUCUGGUGGAAGUGUUGGUACGAAACGCGGGUCACAUGGUACCGAAGGAUCGGCCGAAAUGGGCACUCGAUCUAGUGAUGCGUUUGACACAUGGCAAGAAGUUUGGAAAGAAGCCCAAAUACUAAUAAUAGGUCGCUCAACAGACUUAGACCAUUCAUAGACUAACAUUUGGUGGCACUUUAAAGCUAAAAAUGUAAUAAAACCGAGCUGUUCACAUUUAUAAGUCUCGUAUAUAUAUUGACAGAAACAAUAAUUCGAAAUUAGUUAGCUAUUUGUUCAAACAAACGCCUUACAAAGUGUUACGGUAUGAUCCACACCACAAGUCACUUUCUGUACGCGCGCAUUAAGUGCUACCUUCAGUG